GGCAUCACAAGCCAUACAAUCAUUUCGAAUACUUUUCUAAAAGAAUAAUUUACUUUCGGAUGGGAAAUACACAUCAUCAGGGACUUGAAGAGGGUCAUCAUCACCGAAAAUCACAACGUUCCUCUGAUAAUUCACCACUUUCCACUCAUCAAAAUCCUUUCCAUCAUCGACACAGCACCAAAAGCAAUCAUUCGAAUUAUGAACAACAAUUAGAUACUGCCAUAACACAAUUAACCAAUAAUAAUGGAACUCUGGAUGAAAAUAAUCAUCAUCAUUACCAACCUAAUCAUCAAUUGGAUGGUGAAAUUCUUGUUGGUCUUCCAAAUAUAACUGCCUUUUCAGGAAAAGAUGCACUAGUGGUGGAAAAUUCACUUGAAAAAUUCAAAAUCCUAUUGUGUGGAAGUGGAUCAAGUGGAAAAACCACAUUUCUCAAAAGUAUUGAAUUGUACAAGAAGGGAGCAUUUAUGGAAUCAGCUUACAAGAAGGGAAUUAUCUAUUUUAAUAUUAUUAGAGAUUUGGGAUUGAUGUGUAAACAGUAUUUGAGUGUGGCUACAGAGUUUUUGAAUUUCAUUUCAGGUUUGAAUGAGGAAAAUUAUGGAAAAUCAUUGAGUGAUUUGAAUGAAAUGUUUCCUAGAGAAUUGCCACGUGAAAUUACAGAUUCGAUGGAUAGAUUGAUUAAGGUUGCGAGCUCAAAGAAUUUUCUACAUAGUUCAGCAAGUAGAUCAUCUUCAAAACAGUAUAAUCCUACAUUUGAUACUUAUUUUAAUGAGCAAACAUUUGAGGAUAUUGAAUCAUUGUGGAAAUAUAGACCUUUCAACUUAUUUGCUCAUUUUCACUUGACACAUUCAAGUAUUCCAGAAUUUUUGACACCUGUUUUAACUAAAAUGGACACAAUUCCAAACAUUACGUUUGGAGAGAAUGAAUCCACUAAUUAUUCCAAGUUUAUGCUCUCAUUGAGGAAUAGUGAUUUUGAUGAUUUAAUUUACUUUUUAGAUCGUAGACUCAAUGAAUUAUAUCCUCCUUAUCAGUAUGACCCCAAUUGGGUUGAUCUCUUACAUAGAAGACAAAAAACAGUUGGAUUUUAUCAUUUAAACUAUGUGGAAGAUGCCAUUUCAGAGGAGGGCAUGAGAGAAACGAGAAAUUACAUUUUUAUUGAUACAGCUGGUCAAAGGUCAGAAAGAAAGAAGUGGUCAAUCUGUUAUCCAAACACAUUUACACUCUUUUACUUUGUUUCAUUGGCUGAUAUUAAUUUAACAUUGUAUGAAUCGAAUGUGGAGAAUAGAUUGUUGGAUUCUUUGCAUUUGUUUGAGCAUGUUUGUCAGGAACCAGAUCUCAUUCAAACUCCAAUUGUUCUCUUCUUUACAAAAACAGAUAUUCUCAAGAGGAAGAUUAAAAAUGGAUUGAAACCUAUUGAGCUAUUUGAAAAGAUUGAAAAGCUCUACUCACAACGAUAUGAAGCAGCAACCAUUGUUGACAUGCCACCAUCAUCUGCAACUAAUGAUACUGAGAAGAAUUCCGAACUUUCUCUCAAUAUUUCGUCUGGAAAUCAAGCGAAUCAAGUCGAUGCUGAAUUCAACCAAUUCAUUGAAUAUAUUUCAGCCAAAUUCAAGGAAAAACUGUUACCAACACAAACAAUCACCAUUUACACUCUCGACUGCACUGAACCUACUCAAUUCAAAACAACAUUCAAGGAAAUCAUGCAAAUGUUAAAUAAAACUAUCAAGGACUAAUUUAUUCGUC